UCGGGCGCUCGGCGAGGUUCCCAGGCCUCGGAGCCGCCAUGGGCCGCCGGCCGGCACGAUGUUACCGCUACUGCAAGAACAAACCCUACCCCAAAUCCCGCUUCUGCCGCGGUGUCCCCGACCCAAAAAUCCGAAUUUUCGAUUUGGGGCGGAAAAAGGCGAAAGUGGAUGAGUUCCCCCUGUGCGGACACAUGGUAUCGGACGAGUACGAGCAGCUGAGUUCCGAGGCGCUGGAGGCCGCGCGGAUCUGCGCCAAUAAAUACAUGGUGAAGAGCUGCGGCAAGGACGGCUUCCACAUCCGCGUGCGCCUGCACCCCUUCCACGUCAUCCGCAUCAACAAAAUGCUCUCGUGCGCCGGCGCCGACAGGCUCCAGACCGGGAUGAGAGGCGCCUUUGGGAAGCCGCAGGGCACGGUGGCCCGGGUUCACAUCGGCCAGGUCAUCAUGUCCAUCCGCACCAAGGCCCAGAACAAGGAGCACGUGGUGGAGGCGCUCAGGAGAGCCAAGUUCAAAUUCCCCGGGCGCCAAAAGAUCCACAUCUCCAAGAAAUGGGGGUUCACCAAGUUCAACGCCGACGCCUUCGAGGAGAUGGUGGCCCAGAAGCGCCUGAUCCCCGACGGCUGCGGGGUCAAGUACGUCCCGUCCCGGGGACCCCUGGAUCGCUGGAGGGCCCUGCACGCCUGAACCCCCCAAAAAUCCCCCCAAAAAAC